GGCUUGUCGGGCCUAUUUUGAUUCCACUUGCUCCUUUUUCCAAGCUACUCCAACCUGUGAACAAAUGACAGACAUUCGCGAGUAUAUUGACUCCCCACUCGACGUGAUCAACAGGCUCUUUGAGAGCCACAAGGCUAGCGUCGAUGGUAGUGGGCACACAGCUGCUGCAGAGAUUGGAAAGGUGGUCCAGGCGGACUUCCAGGACAUGUUCAAAACCCAUGAAAGUCUGGGACCAGAUCCCGUUAGUGAGUGGAUCAUGGAGCAAUGUGAAGCCAGCAGACGCUUGUACGGUUCCAGUGUAUGGUCCAGGAUCCGGGCUACGGAGAGGAGCUUCACCUAUCAGCUGGCACAGGUAUCCAAGGAUGGCGAAAAGAUGCACAAAUUCUCCCAUUACACUGACCGAAACCACGAGCUGGAGGAGGGCUGGGAGAUCGACUAUUCGUCGCCGCACAAUGUAUUUACCGAGAAGGAGGUCGCAUACUGCGUCUCUGUUCCAGGGCAGCGCAGUGGAGUCGAUGAUGCGAUGCAGAUGCUGAGCGUUGGUGGGACUCAAGUCUGUUGGCGAAAAGUAUCCGCUCAAAGGAGAGCCACAUGUUGCAGCGCUGGUGAAGUUUUAUGCGCCAGCACAUGCGCCCCGGGCAUCGCAUCUAGUGGAUGUGGUGGGCGUUUAUGAGCCUGGGUUCAACUCGAAGAGCGAAGAUGACCAAGGCGAGUGGCCGUGCAUCCAUGCGAUCUUCCAUACCGAGGGGCUGGAUACAGAGUCGGUGGAGCUCUCAGCGAAGGAGUUUGAGCAAGGGCGUGACCUGGCACUGUCGCACUUGACGGCGGUCCUUGGUGGCGAUCAGCUGGCGGCGCAGUUCCUGCUGCUGCACCUACUGUCUUGUACCGCCAAUGUACAAGGCGCCAAAGUCGGUAAAUACUCGCUGAAUCUGAUUGGGUUCCCGUCACAGGCAAGCGAGGGCUCGGGCCGGUUU